AAGCUAUGGCCCCAAGAAAACGCCUACUUUCUGAUUCCAGCACAGUAACUUUAGGGAUAACAGUCAUUUUAAGGAACCUGUUCGUCUGUAUUCGUACCCACAACUGCGGAUGAGAUCCCACAUCCACAUCCCUUUUUUGCAUUGGAUUUGGCUAUUGUCAAACUUUAGUGAUAAAUAAUACAUUGCUAUAGAACUGGUCAUACGUACAGAAGUUACUGUCAAGCCAGGCUGCUCUGCGUUUCAGCCGGUGAUGUGCCCGUUGCGUAAAACUGCUCAUGCGCAGGCUGACUCAAGAGUAGCACGUAGAUUCCAAAACUUCGGAUUGGCCAGGUGGUGCAAGUUCCGCUGAACCUUAGCUAAUUAUUUUGCGUUAGGACAGGGACCUGGCAGGAGGGUCUUUGCUUCGGAGGACCCUGGCUGAUUGCGCGGUUCCCAUUUGAAGGGAAGCCGGCGGUGGACGCAGCGUUACUCAAAGGCAGUCAGUGAGUGCAGUCUGUUCAGGAGCGGCGUAAGGAAUGCCUGCAGCAGUCAAAGACAAGGAGAUGGUAAUAGAUGGACCCCGACUUUUUGGUCUGAAAACUCCGGCUUGUUCCAGUAUUCCAGGUUUUUUCCAAGCACCUUUCAAUGGCUGUGCUCCGACGGAUAUGUUGCACAACUUUUACUGCACCAAAAAAGUUGGACAUUAUCUCAUUGGAAAGACCCUUGGGGAAGGCUCAUUCGCCAAAGUUCGGGAGGGUCUCCACGUGAUAACCGAUGAAAAGGUGGCCAUCAAGGUGAUUGACAAGCACAAAGUGAAGAAUGACGACUACGUGAUGAAGAACCUGUACCGGGAGGGGCACAUCCACCAGAUGAUCCGGCACCCCAACAUUGCCCAGCUGCUGGACGUCAUGGAGACGGACAACAACUACUACCUGGUGACGGAGCUGUGCCUGGGCGGGAACCUGAUGAGCCGCAUCUACGAGCGGAGGCACCUGGAGGAGCGGGAGGUGCAGAAGUACAUCCGCCAGCUCAUCAUGGCGGUGGAGCACCUGCACAGGGCGGGCGUGGUUCACAGAGACCUGAAGAUAGAAAACCUUCUGCUGGAUGAAAAUGACAACAUAAAACUCAUAGAUUUUGGGCUCAGUAACUCGGCUGGGAUUUUGGGGUACACUGAUCCGUUCAGUACACAGUGUGGCAGUCCAGCUUACGCCGCCCCAGAACUCCUGAACCGGCAGAAGUACGGGCCUAAAGUCGACGUCUGGUCCAUAGGGGUGAACAUGUACGCCAUGUUGACGGGGAUGCUGCCCUUCACCGUGGAGCCCUUCAGUCUCACUUCACUGCACGGGAAGAUGGUGAACAAGGAGAUGAACCCCCUCCCCCCUGACCUCUCCCCUGGGGCUGCGAUGCUACUGAGGAACCUGCUGGAACCGGACCCAGUGAAGCGGCCAACCAUCCAACAGGUGGUGACCAAUCCAUGGCUGCACGGUGGUCAAGUACCAACAAACUUAGCCUACAUGAACAGGAUCCACAAUAGGGACAUAAACCACGUGGUGGUCCUGCACAUGACGGAGAAACUGGGCUACAAGUACACCGAUGUCCUGAGCACUGUGAACAAGAACCGGGCCUCCUGCGUGCUGGCCACCUACUUCCUGCUCAACAAGAAGAUGGAUCGCCUGUUCAAGGUCAACAUGGAGCCUGUGGAGAAAGAGAAGACGGAGCCUGCUCAGACUCGCUGGGUCACACUGAACGGAAAACUGAACAUCCAGCCCACGCAGGAGCCGGCCUACCUGGCUAAGAUGAAGGACUCUGUACUCAACCCAGGUCUCCCCCGCCCAGCCAUCAUUGGCAGGGACUCUGGUCUGUACCUGGGAGGACCUGUGCUCUCCUCUUCACGGGCAUACCUGGAGAUAAAUCCUAUUUUGCCCUACACACCUCAGCCAAUCAGACGCCUUGAAGCACCACCGCUGUUGUUCGGGGGUCCACUGCAAGGCGGGCUGGGCUUCCCCACCAGUUCUCGAAUAAUGGGGGUCCCCACAAGCUUUCCUGUCAUGGGUGCCCCCACAAGUUCUCGAAUAAUGGGGGUCCCCACAAGUUUUCCUGUCAUGGGUGCCCCCACAAGUUCUCGUAUAAUGGGGGUCCACACAAGCUCUCGAGUCAUGGGGGUCCCCACAAGCUUUCCUAUCAUGGGUGCCCCCACAAGUUCUCGUAUAAUGGGGGUCCACACAAGCUCUCGAGUCAUGGGGGUCCCCACCAGCUUUCCUGUCAUGGGUGCCCCCACAAGUUCUCGUAUAAUGGGGGUCCACACAAGCUCUCGAGUCAUGGGGGUCCCCACAAGCUUUCCUGUCAUGGGUGCCCCCACAAGUUCUCGUAUAAUGGGGGUCCACACAAGCUCUCGAGUCAUGGGGGUCCCCACAAGCUUUCCUGCCAUGGGUGCCUCCACAAGUUCUCGUAUAAUGGGGUUCCACACAAGCUCUCGAGUCAUGGGGGUCCCCAACAGCUUUUCUGUCAUGGGGGCCCCCACAAGCUCUCGAGUUAUGGGGCACUCCUGGGACACAAGCUUCCAACAGAUGAACACUGGGCAGCAGCAGCUGCCUCCCUGGCUCAGGGUGACCAACGGUUCCCUUCCCCACCACACCCACAUCCAGAGGAAUGCACCUACCCCCAGCCCCAGCCCCAGCCCCCCAACCUUCACCCUGACAAACCCUGGGGUCCACGCCAGGCUGAACAUGGCCUAUACGGACCGCCAUCAGGACAGGUUCCGGGCCAUGGGCAUCGGUCAGAUACUGAAGAAUCAGAACCCGCCACCUGGCCAGAUGUUCAGGCCACGCAUGGAGCCGAUGUCCUCCUCCACCCUGUCCACCUAUCACAUGCAGACACUGCCCUACUCUGCUUUCAGGACCCUCGGCUGAUGCAUUCUGGGAGAGCUCCCCCCCCGCUUUGAAUUGGGUUCUCUGACACUGAUCGCCUCUGCUGGAGCAGGCACUUGGCUUUUUGUCCCAUAAGGAAAUUCAAUCCAAGUGAAACAGAGGGCUUUCAACAUGAUGCCAACAUCUCUUCAAAAAUCCCUGUGGGAGUUAAUAUUGACUUAAGUGUCUCCAUAUCAGUACACGAUGCUUUACCAAUUCAGACCAGGGAUUACGUGCCUUCUAGCGUGUGGUUCAUAUGCCUGGAUAUUUAUUUAACAUUUUAUCAUCCCUCUGCAAUAGAUGGAUGACACCAUAUCUAGGGAGCCAUCUUUGAGUCUGCCUUACCAUAUUGCAUUUGAAACCUUAAAGAAUUUAAGAGAACAGGAUGCAUCUGGUAUCGGUUUUGUUCUGCAGAUCAAUUCCGUUUUCAUGUUUCAGUCUCAAAGCACGGCACAGACUAUAAAGCAGGGUUUUAUUUUUCUUUCCCCCAGAACUCGAGCGAUAAGAUCUAUCUUACGGUUUAAUCUCUGAGCCAUCCAUCUAUGAACAGGGCACCUCAGACUUCCUCUACGGAGAACAUUCUUUGGAAAAUUUUGGCUACCUUUGCAUUGCAAUGGACGACCUGAGUUGGCGUACUUAUGGCGCAACUUCAUACAGUUUAGCUCAGACUUAUUAAUUGGCAUUUUAAUUAGCCAUGUCAGGAGCUACAGCUGCACAUUUCGUAUCUCUGUGUAUCUUUUGUGGAAGAAUUUCACUGUGAUCCAGUAUAUUAGGCAGCCAACACACUGGCCAUCAUGGGCUGGAGAUACACGCCCCUGACUCAGCCCAUCGAGGUGGUAGGCUUUUCAUGAUUCAUGACGGUUUUCAUUUUUUUCAAACACCACAUCUUUCUUUUGUCAUAAUGGUGGAUUUUAAUUUUAAUUUUUGUUUUAAAAAAAAAAAAACAAGGUGAGGGGUAUGCCAAAUUUUAAGAGAAUUGCGGAUGUUAUUAUUAGCCUUUAUGUUCAAGCAAACCGAUUAUUUCAUCAUGACUUGACAAAAAUGAAGCGUUCUACAGCUAUAGUCAACUGAGUUUGCUUUUUGUGCACACAAUGCUCUUUCUAUUCAGCACGUGUUAAGGAAAUGUGGAUGAGUAUUCUAUUCAAAUAAUCCAUGCAAACUCAAAGAUACUGCAUUUUGUGUGAAUACAGGGGCUAGCCAGACCAAAAAACGCAGUUUGAAGAAGAGUUUGAACUCGUCAUUUUAACCGCUUGUGCAAAAAUGUUACUUAGCAAGUAGAAAAUUACUUUUUUUUAUUACCAUGUUUAAAGACCGGCAUUUCCCAGUGUAUGAAGAACCUGUAAAAAAAAACGACUUAACUAUUCUCCAGUAGAAAUUGGACAGAAAUGUAAUUUUUUUUGGUAACAAAUUUGGUUUAGGCAUUGUAUUACAUUUAUUUAGAGUGUAAGAACACGGUUCGUUUCAUAUAGAUCCCCUUGGCAUUCAAUUUCCUGUGUGGAGUUCAGCACAGAGAAUUGAAUUCUCAACGGAAAUGGCUUGCUGCUUACCUGUAUGACCAUGGGAGUCAACCUUCAAGCUGCCUCUUUGUUUCUUUGUUUUUCAGAUGAGACUGCCACACUGUGUCAGUUUUCACUUUCUGAAAGGCUUUUUACAUAGACUGUGUUUAUGAUACUCUAUCUAAAGUAGUAUGGAAACCCAUGCCUUUAAGGAAGGGUUUUGUAAUGUACCGCUUUUACCAAGAGUGAGAAUGUUUUCUAUCUUUUAAAAUUUGUAAAUAAAUUCUUACCUACAGCUUCUGCUGAA